UAGAACCAGGGGCGGAUGCAGCCGUUACAUACUGGAUUCAUCCAAACCAGGUUCUGUUGUCCCUGGUUUAAUAUGCAAAUGAAUGGUCCUAAAACAUGUCAAGCAGAAAACUUUUCAACUCCUGGAAGAAUACAGCAGUUAGAAUCCAAUCUCGUCACAAAAGUUAGAGUUAUUGUUAGAGUUCGCCCCUUUCUUCCUCCAGAAAUUAACUCAAUAGAUGGAAAAGCAAUCUCUUGUGUUUCUGUUCUCAACGCAGAAUGUGAGCCUUCUGAGGAUGUCACAGUUCAUCUCAAAGAUUAUGAGACUAGUCGUAAUGAAUGCUACAAGUUGGAUGCUUUUUUUGGUCAAGACAACAACAAUAUAAUUCAAAUAUUUGGCAAAGAAGUCAGUCCUUUGAUCCCUGGGAUAUUACAUGGUCACAAUGUCACAGUAUUUGCUUAUGGAGCGACAGGGAGUGGCAAAACUUACACCAUGCAGGGAACUGAAAACCUCCCUGGUCUAAUGCCACUUGCAAUGUCCUCUAUUUUCUCGAAGAGCAAGGGGAAAAGUACCAUAGAAAUAUCAUACUAUGAAAUAUACAUGGAUAGGUGCUAUGAUCUACUUGAACUUAAGGAGAAGGAAAUUUUCAUAUUGGACGACAAAGAUGGGCGGAUUCAUCUCAAAGGACUUGCACAAGUUGCCGUCAAUUCCAUGUCAGAGUUUCAAGAGGCGUUUUCUUGUGCGGUUCAGAGAAGAAAAGUCGCACAUACGGGUGUUAAUGAUGUCUCUAGCAGAAGCCAUGCUGUGCUCACAGUUUAUGUUUCUACUCCUAGCUGUGAUGAUACUGGGAAUGUCGUUACUGGAAAAUUGAACCUUAUUGACUUGGCAGGAAACGAAGACAAUAGAAGAACUUGCAACACUGGAAUUCGUUUACAAGAGAGUGCUAAGAUCAACCAGUCAUUAUUUGCAUUGUCAAAUGUAAUUUACGCAUUGAACAACAAUCAAGCACGAAUACCCUAUAGAGAAAGCAAAUUGACAAGGGUAUUGCAAGACUCUCUUGGAGGAACAAGCCGUGCUUUGAUGAUCGCUUGCUUGAACCCUGGUGAGUACCAAGAAUCUCUUCAUACGGUUAGUUUAGCAGCAAGGUCAAGACGCAUAUCCAAUUUUAUUGCCUCAGCACAAAAAGGAGAUACUCCAAAGGUCAAAGUUGACAUGGAGGCAAAGCUUCGCGCAUGGCUAGAAUCUAAAGGCAAGACAAAAAGUACUCAAAGAACUGGGACUAUUGAUUCUCCAUUUAUUAGCAAAACUCCAAAUUCUGUAUGCUCUACCAGAAAGCUUGGUUUGUUUGAGAGCUCUUCAAAGCAAAAGUCCAUCAUUAAACAAGGCGCUUCAAGCAUAAAAAAGAGGGAUCCAGAUGGAGCUUGCAGAAAUCUAUUUGAUAAUGGACAUCGGUCAAACUUAGUAGUGGAGGCUCGGGGCCUUGCUGAUACUGGUGGACAAAGAGAAGAAAAGAAGUUUGAGGUUUUCUCUGAAAGGGUUGUCCCUGAUUCUAAUACAGUGGUGCAUGAUGAAAAACCCAAUGCAGAAGAGAAAGUGAGUAUUGUUGGUUGUUUCAGCUCCCUUAAAGCGUGUGAGGCUACCCCUAGGAAGGUCCUUUCUCCCAUCAACUGCAACAUAAACAAUGAGAAUAUGUCCUCAAGAGAUCAAAUACACAUUGUCAGCAAUCAACAGACUCCCAUGUCACCUUUUGCUUUAAACAGUUUUGAUGAGAAUAUACCAGCGUUAGGAACUCCUCUUAAUAAUUUCAGUGCACGAAGUUCUAACUUGAAGAACUCUCUAGUCCAGGAGUACAUUGAGUUAUUGAACACAGCCAGCAAGGAGGAACUCGUGGCAAUAAAGGGAAUUGGACAAAAGAUGGCUGAAUACAUUAUUGAACUAAGGGAAACAAGCCCAAUGAAAUCACUAGAUGACUUGGAGAAGAUUGGACUGUCAUCAAAGCAGGUACAUAACUUAUUCAGGUGGGCUGCAAGAGGAGUACUGGGAUGAAAAACUUCUUUGCAAUACCUUGUUGUUUUAGGAGCAUGUAAAGAUUGUGUUUCUGGCUAGAACUUUAGUUAUAUUGUACAUUAUUUAUGAGUACUCGGAUUUGAGAGCUAAGGAAGAAAGAAAAGGGGAGAUAUUUCAGUCAAUGUUGUACCAUUUCCCCUCAAAUGACUUUUAUCAGUCAAUGUUGUUCCAUUUCCAACCAUAGAUAUUUCAGAAUCUCAACAUUUUCAUAGUUAAUUCUCUUGUUUUAUUGA